AGCGUGGGCCCGAAGCCCCGCCUCCCCGCCGAGACCGCCCGCCCCUCGCUCGGCACUGCGCCGCGGCGUGCCCCAGAAGCCACGCGGCAGGUGGCCCUCGCCGCUUUCGAGAUGGAGCCCGCCCCCGCCGGAGAGACCCUGCUGGGCGUGGCCGAGGAGGCCCCCCCCGACGGGGUCCGCUACGGCACGACUCCGCGGCAGUCGCGCCGGGCCUGCAUGCGCGUGCUGCUGCGGAAGCACCUGGUGCUGGGUUGGAGGCGCAGGCGCUUCCUCAGCGUGAUCGGGAAGGUGGCCCCCAUCGUCUUUGUGCCGCUGAUCAUCUGGUCACAGCAGGGGCCCGACUCCCAGGGGACCACCCGCCCGCUCAUAGUGCAGAGCCUGUUGCCGCUGUUCGGGGUGAUCCUGCUGCUCCUGGUGUUCACGCAGUUCGUCAUCGAGGUCGUCACGGACAAGGAGCUCAAGAUGCGGUACGUGCAGCAGAUUGCGGGGGUUUCGACCUUCGCAUACUGGCUCUCGUACUUCCUUUACUACGUCUGCCUGACGCUCCUCUGCGCGGCGCUGUACCUGUUCUGCGUGAUGGAGGCGGCGCCCUUCUACAAGUACUCGAGCGGCCUUCUCAUGCUGCUGACGCUGAUGGCCGCCUUUCUGCAGACGUUCUUCCUCGCCAUGCUGGUCAGCACCGUGUUCUCUCGGGCCCGCAUGGCGGCCGUGGUCUGCGGCGUGCUGGGCUCCCUGGUCGUGGUGUUCUCCCAGGCACUGCUGCCCCAGAUGAGGACCACAAGCACCACCACCUACUUCAUCGUCAACCUGAUCCCGUUUGUCGCUCCCCUGAACCUGCUGAAGGCCAUCGGCUUGCUGGAGGCCAAGUGCCCUGGCUUCAACGCCUGUCCUGGUGGGCAGCACCCGCCAGGGUUCACCUGGAGCAGCUGGAGCACGCCGAUCUCAGGAGUCGACUCCCAGAACCAGGAGCAGCUGCAGCCCCCCGCCGGCGAGCAGCUCGAGCUCAUGCUCCUGGCCUGCGCCGUCUACGGGCUCUUCGCAGCCUGGUUCGACCAGGUGUACCAGGGCGAGUUCGGGGCCGCGCUGCCGUGGAACUUCUGCUUCAGGCCGGCGUACGUGUGCCCCAGGCGCGGGCCUGUGGCGGAGCAGUCGGAGGAUUCGCCCGCGCUGAAACUGGACAGGUUGGUCAAGGUCUUCGGGGAGCAUCGGGCGGUGGACGAGAUGAGCUUGGAGGUGCGGCGCGGAGAGAUCUUCGCGCUUCUGGGCCACAACGGGGCCGGAAAGACGACCGCGAUCAACUGCAUCACGGGCAUGCUGCCCAUCACGUCGGGGGAGGCGCGCGUGUGCGGCGCCGACGUCGCCACGGAGCUGCAGGAGGCGCGGAGGCACCUCAGCGUCUGCCCGCAGGACAACCCGCUGUACCUGGAGUACUCCGUGGACGAGCACCUCGCCUUCUUCGCGGCCCUGCGCGGCGUGCCGGCCGCGCGGGCCACGCGGGAGAUCGACGACGCGCUGGGCGCGCUGGGGCUCACAGAGAAGCGGUCGGCCCGGGUGCAGACGCUGAGCGGCGGGCAGAAGCGGCGGCUGUGGGUCGCCACGAGCAUUCUCGGGAUGACCCCGCUGGUGUUCCUGGACGAGCCCACCUCUGGCAUGGACCCCGCGAACCGACGGAAGUUGUGGGACCUCCUCGUGCAGAUGAAAAACCGCGGCAGGACCAUCCUCUUCACCACGCACUAUCUGGAUGAAGCCGACGUGCUGGCACAGCGGAAAGCCGUGCUGGACCAGGGCAAGGUCCGCGUCGUGGGGACGUCCCUGGACCUCAAGCACCAGUUUGGCGUGGGCUACCACCUGCGGGUCGUCGGCCAGGCCCCCGGCGACGGCGGCCGCCCGCUCCAGGAAGCGGCCCUGGAGGCCCUGGUGCGGCAGCACGUCUCGAGCGCCUCGCAGGAGGCUGCGCCGCCCCGGCCUGGGGCUGCCCCCGCGCACGGCCAGGGUUGCUUCGUGCUGCCGUACAGCGCGUCCGAGAGCUUUGGCCAGCUGUUCCAGGAUUCCAGGGAGGAAGCAGUGCCCACUGCAGUGGGGGAGAGAUUGGGUGCUUGGGGAAACGGGUCCCGAGGUUUUCUGCCGUUUUCGGGCUCUCGGGGGGACCCCCACGGGCCCCGGGGCCCCGCAGCGCAGCGCAGCCUGCAGGUCACCAUCACGCACCCGCAGACGGGCGCCCCGCUGGAGGUGAUGCUUCCCCUCGGCGUCCAGGCGGGAGGCACGUGCACUGUCACGCUGCCCGGAGUGGCGGAGGCGCUGUCGCUGGCGAGCCCGGGCGCGCGCCGCCCAGUGACGUGGCAGGAGAGCACCCUCGCCGUGGUGUCGCUGCGGUGGAGGCAGGUGUGGCAGAAGAAGCGGUCGCUGUGCGCGACGUUCCUGGUGCCCCUGGCGCUGAUGGUGCUCAACGCCCGCUCCACCUCCAACAUGCUUCAGCAGCUGGCCAGCGGGGACGGCCCGGAGGGCGACGUUAGCACCAAGCAGACCGCCCAGGGGCUCGCGGGCGCGAGCCUCGGCAUGACGAUGACGGUGUCGCUAGCGAUCGCGCUGCCCUACUUCGCGACCGCUCUGGUCGUGGACAGGGUCCACCGCUGCACCUACGCGGCGACGUCGCAGGGCCUGCCGUGGUCUGCCUACUGGGUGGGCACGCUGCUGAGCAACUAUCUCCACUUCCUGGCGCUAUCCCUCGUGGUCCCGCUCGGCCUGCUGGUCUUCGGAGCGCCGUUCUACGGGGAACCGGCUCAGCUGGCGAAGACGCUUCCUGCGGUGCUGUGGGCUCCAGUGCCGAUGCUGCUCUUCGCGUACGCUGCCUCGCGGCUUUUCCAGUCGGCUGAGGCCUGCUCCAAGUUCAUGCCCGGCAUCAGCCUGCUUGCAUCCGUGCUGCCCUUCCUCGCCGUGUACAUCAUGACUCUGAUCAGCGUGUUCGUGCAGAUGGGCGCCCUGGCCUGCCAGAUGGCCGACCCCGCGCAGCGGCGCCAGUGCGAGCAGGAGAAGGGGCUCGAGUUUGGCCAGACCAUGCACAUGUGGGCCAACAGCCUCCACACCACCAUGUCCUUCGUCGACCCUUUCUACUGCCUGCCCGGCACCUUUGCGGCUAUCGGGCUGACCAUCAUACCCGCGGAGCCCGUGCCAGGCGUUCCGAUCCGCAUCGACGUGCAGUUCCCGGCCAUCGCGGGCAGCACCGCGCUCCUGCCCGUGGUGGGCUCUCUGGCGCUCUCGGCCGCCCUGGGCCUCACGCUCACCUGGGACGCCGGCCGCCUCUCCCAGGGCGCCGCGGCCCUGCAGCGGCGCCUCUGGCCAGGGCGCUCGGGCGAGGUGCCCGGCGCCGCCGUGGAGCAGCAGCUGACCGAGAGCCAGCCCGGGGCGGCGCCCCGCGCGGGCUGGCGGCACAGCGCGCCCCCGCUCGAUGAGGAGUCCGGGGUGGCGGAGGAGGAGCGGCGCGUGGCGGGCACCAGCGCCGCGGAGCACGCGGUGGCCUACCGGGGCCUGGUGCACACGUACAACGAGGGCUCCCGGCUGGAGGUGCGGGCGGUGCGCGGCAUCUCCCUCGCGGUGGCGAGGGGCGAGUGCUUCACGCUGCUCGGCCCCAACGGCGCAGGGAAGACGACCACCCUGGACGUCCUGACCGGGGCCAUCCGGCCCCCCACGGCGGGGGAGGUGAGCAUCGACGGCCACAGCGUCACCGGGGGCGUGGCGAGCCGGCAGCGGGCACUCCAGAACCUGGGGAACUGCCCGCAGGUGGACCCCCUCUGGCCCUCGCUCACGGGCCGGCAGCACCUGCUCUUCUACGGGCGGGUGAAAGGCCUGCCCGCACACCUCCAGGCCGAGCAAGCGGACGCACUCCUGCGUGCGCUCGGCUUCUCGGCCUUCGACGCGAACAAGCCCACGCAGGGCUACAGCGGCGGCAUGCGGCGGAAGCUCUCGCUGGCCAUCGCCCUCGUCGGCUCGCCGCCGACGCUGCUGCUCGACGAGCCCUCCGCCGCGGUCGACGCGGCCGCGAAGCGGCACCUGUGGAAGGUGGUGAAGCAGCGCGAGCGGACCCAGACCGUGAUCCUGACCACCCACUCCAUGGAGGAGGCCGAGGCGCUGAGCGACCGCCUGGCCAUCCAGGUCCGCGGCAGGCUGCGCUGCGUCGGCACGCCGGACCACAUCAAGGACACCUACGGGGCGGGAUACCAGCUGGAGCUCCUGGUCGGCGGCGACCCCCCGGCGGGCGGCGCCCCCGGGGACGCUGUGGAGCGCUUCGUGGCCGGGCUGUGCCCCGCGGCGAGGCUGCUCGAGCGGCACGAGGGCAGGUACUUGUUUCAGCUCCCCGUGCUGAAGGCGGUCGGGGCGCGUCCCGGAGAGCUCAGCGUCGCCCGGCUCUUCCUUCACAUGCAGGAGGCUCGCGGAGCCAUCGCGCUCCAGGACUACUCCAUCUCCAGGCCCAGCCUGGAGCAGGUGUUUCUGCGGUUCAGCAGGGAGCAGGAGGGGGAGGCCCAGGGCGAGGCCGAGGUGUAG